AUGUAUAUAAAGAUGGCCACGUUAGCAAACGGACAACCAGACAAUACCAGCCUGAGUAGCAAUCACAGCAACCCCAGCACCAACGGGCAUAUGAACGGAUUAAACCAUAGUCCCGGAAACCCAUCCACCAUCCCAAUGAAGGACCACGAUGCCAUUAAGCUCUUUAUUGGGCAGAUCCCCCGUAACCUGGACGAGAAAGACCUCAAACCGCUCUUCGAGGAGUUCGGGAAGAUCUAUGAACUGACGGUGCUGAAGGACAGGUUCACUGGCAUGCACAAAGGCUGUGCCUUCCUAACAUACUGCGAAAGGGAGUCUGCUCUAAAGGCCCAGAGCGCACUGCAUGAACAGAAGACUCUGCCGGGGAUGAACAGACCGAUCCAGGUGAAGCCAGCGGACAGCGAAAGCCGAGGAGAAGACAGAAAACUCUUUGUGGGCAUGCUCAAUAAGCAGCAGUCGGAAGACGAUGUGCGCAGGCUAUUCGAGGCGUUUGGCAACAUUGAGGAGUGCACGAUCCUUCGGGGACCCGAUGGCAACAGCAAGGGGUGUGCAUUUGUGAAAUACUCUUCACAUGCAGAGGCCCAAGCUGCCAUCAAUGCCUUGCAUGGCAGCCAGACAAUGCCGGGAGCCUCUUCGAGCCUGGUGGUGAAGUUUGCGGACACGGACAAGGAGCGUACGAUGCGGCGCAUGCAGCAAAUGGCCGGACAAAUGGGCAUGUUCAACCCCAUGGCCAUCCAGUUUGGAGCCUAUGGAGCCUAUGCACAGGCACUGAUGCAGCAGCAAGCGGCGAUCAUGGCCUCGGUGGCGCAGGGCGGAUACCUGAACCCCAUGGCAGCCUUCGCCGCCGCCCAGAUGCAGCAGAUGGCGGCUCUGAACAUGAACGGGCUGGCAGCCGCCCCCAUGACCCCAACCUCAGGUGGAAGCACGCCUCCUGGCAUAACUGCACCAGCUGUGCCUAGCAUCCCAUCUCCCAUUGGGGUGAAUGGUUUCACUGGCCUCCCGCCGCAGGCUAAUGGGCAGCCAGCCGCUGAAGCCGUGUUUGCUAAUGGCAUUCACCCUUACCCAGGUGUAUGGCACCAGAUUUCCUUCCAAGAGGCCCCCACCUUUGCAUCCUCCAAGCCUUGCCUCCAGCCACACCUCUGUGCGGCACAGAGCCCCACUGCAGCAGACCCCUUGCAGCAAGCCUACGCUGGAGUGCAGCAGUACGCAGGUCCUGCUUAUCCUGCUGCUUAUGGCCAGAUUAGCCAAGCGUUUCCACAGCCACCUCCCAUGAUCCCACAGCAACAGAGAGAAGGACCAGAGGGCUGUAACCUGUUUAUCUACCAUCUGCCCCAGGAGUUUGGGGAUGCUGAGCUGAUGCAGAUGUUCCUGCCUUUCGGUAAUGUCAUCUCCUCGAAAGUGUUUGUGGAUCGGGCGACAAACCAAAGUAAAUGCUUUGGUUUUGUGAGUUUUGACAAUCCUGCCAGUGCCCAAGCUGCUAUCCAGGCCAUGAAUGGAUUCCAGAUUGGCAUGAAGAGGCUGAAGGUGCAGCUGAAGAGGCCAAAGGAUGCUAAUCGUCCCUACUGAAGGGUUGUGGGAACCACUGGAUACAAAGCACUAGCACAGACUGUAACAUUUCUUCAAGAAAAGUAUCACAUCUGCUGACUUCGAAGGACAUGCGCUUGAAAACAAACAAACACAUAAAGUAAAAUCAGAGCAGGAGGAAGAUGAAACCGGGAUUUCUGAAGAGACACUGAUAUCACCACAGCGGCUUUUCUUCAAACAGGAGAUGCAAACCUGGAUUCUGGCAAAGGAGUGCCUGUUUGCCACCAAGGAUGCGGUUACCAUGCGAGACCCAUGGUAACAGUCACUGAGCAUCUUUAUCUGUCAUUCCUUAGCUAUAUAGGGACCAAAGGACAAAACUUUUUACCGCAGACUUGUAGCUGUAUGUAAAAU